CCAAAGCACCUUCUACGCACCCUCACCUCAAACACCGCAACCAUGGCCGACGAAGAGAUGGAACCCAGCCUCAAACCCAUCGUCGACCAGAAGACCCUAAAAUGGAUCUUCGUCGGCGGCAAGGGAGGCGUAGGAAAAACCACAACAUCCUGUUCUCUAGCCGUACAAAUGGCCAAAGCCCGAAAGAGGGUGCUCCUAAUCUCCACCGACCCAGCCCAUAACCUCUCGGACGCCUUCGGCGUGAAAUUCGGAAAAGAUGCAAAACCCGUGCCAGGCGUGGAGGGACUCGCAGCAAUGGAGAUUGAUCCAAACGGCAGUAUUACAGAUUUGAUCGCUGCGGGAGGAGACGAUGCUCAAGAGGCUAUGGCUGGACUAGGAGGUGUGGGGAACAUGUUCCAGGAUAUGGCGUUUUCGAUCCCAGGUGUCGACGAGGCCAUGUCGUUUGCGGAAGUGUUGAAGCAGGUGAAAGGAAUGGAGUAUGAGCUGAUAAUUUUCGAUACGGCGCCGACGGGACAUACAUUGCGAUUCUUGCAAUUUCCUACGGUUUUGGAGAAAGCUUUGGAGAAGCUCAGUCAAUUGAGUCAGCAGUUUGGUCCUAUGAUCAAUAAUUUGAUUGGUGCACGAGGCGGACUACCGAAUGGUCAGAGUUUUGAUGAUGCGUUGAAGAAGAUGAACGAGUUGCAAGAAACAAUUGGAGAAGUGAAUAAGCAGUUCAAGAACCCGGAUCUCACAACUUUUGUGCCGGUGCUGAUUCCGGAGUUCUUGUCGCUGUAUGAGACUGAGCGCAUGAUUCAGGAGUUGGGGAGUUAUGAGAUUGAUACGCAUGCUAUGGUGGUGAACCAGCUGCUGUUCCCCAAGAAGGAUAAUCCUUGCGAGCAGUGCAAUUCGAGACGGAAGAUGCAGAAGAAGUAUCUGGAGCAGAUUGAUGAUUUGUAUGGGGAGGACUUCCAUGUGGUCAAGAUGCCAUUACUGGUGGACGAGGUGAGAGGCGUCGAGAGCAUAUCGAAGUUCAGUGAGAUGCUGAUCAAGCCAUAUCAGCCUCCGCAAUAGGUCUGAGGUAGCGGUGGCAUGGAGGGCGUAUUGCGGCGUUGCUAUACCCAACAGAGGCUAAGAACGAGUAGGUAUCCUAGAACACUUCCCAUUCCUGAUUCUUUCGGGUGAGGGUCAACGCUUCCCACUCCUGAUUCUUUCGGGUGAGAGUUCAAGACAUCCAACAAUCCGCAUUCCCAGCAUUAAUCCCGUGCAUCAUCAAAUAAUCCCAUCUGCCAUGGUCGACUCGGAGGUGCCGGUGGCGGCUCGUAUUCCUCUUCACUGUCGUCAGCUUCGACGUACUCUCCAUCGCCUUCCUUCAAAUCACUCUCUAGCGCCGCAAGAGGGUCAUCAUCAUUCUCUUCAUCACCUCCAUUCGCCAGCGGCGGGUCAUCAUCAAUCGGACCACCUCUCAGAAUGAACCUCUCGGCAUUCUUCUCACUCCAGGUCCUCACGGGGUUGAGAUCGUCCCUCCUUAUAUAACGACAAUCGUCACCCCAAUGCUCGCUCGACCCGCAAGAAUAACACGCUCUAAUCAUCUCCCACUCGCGAAUUUGCUUCUCUCGAGGUAUCGGAGCAGCGAUCGUUGGAAAACACCACAAUCUCGAACAUGCCUCCUCCACGUGUCCAGCUUCUCCACAGACAUCGCAUGCAUCACUCUGACCUUGAUAAGACCUAUUCUUGCAAUUCUUAGCAUCGUGACCUCGCUGUCGACAUAAUGCACAUUUCCGAUGCGUAGGACAUGCGCUCGGGACAUGCGCGUCGUAGGCUCCGCAAUGUUCGCAUUUUCGUGAUGGGCAAGUCGCGCGUAUGUGUCCGCGCUCACCACAGCAUAGGCAGUAGACGAGCGCAUCUGGUGGCGAUGUUAAAUUGAAAUAUCGUUUCUGCAAGUCGCGAUCUUCUUUUGAUAAGGUGUAGAGUCGGACCAUAUCAUCUGCCUCGGCAGCCAUCUUCGAGAUUCCGUGGCUGAGUGUUGACGAACCGGAUUCAGAGUCCGAAUCUUCGUCUGAUGAAGAUGUGUCCAUGGAUGAACUGGAUGCGCCGCCGGCGUGUGAGGACGAGAUUUCGCCAUCCUCACCUUCGCUACUGUCGCUGAUUGUGAUGGCGGCAUUUGGUGAGUGGCGAAUGCGCUUAUUCGGCUCAUCGUCUUCACUUUCUUCAGAUUCUGAUGAACUUGAUAUUUCUCCAGACUCCUUGCCAGAGGCUUUGCUAGAACGUCGACUCGUGGGAUAACUGGGUGUCUUGAGUUCGCCAUGUACAUUUCUUUUGCGGCCUACAGUGUUCGUUCGCGAUUCAUUCUCCGUGUCUGACAUUUUU